GUACAGUCAGGACUUGAUUUCCAACACCAACUCCAGACCCUAAGACUCCCAAGUCUGCCAAUCACCAUUUAUACUCGUCUGAGUGAGAUAAUAGCAAAUCUCGGUCGACAACUCAAAUCAUCCAAUGGCUCUGCAACACGGAAACCCUGCGGACCUCCUACCCGUUCACUGGAAAUCUCAAAUAACAGCAUGGUUUGCCGAAGACACGCCUUCCUUUGACUAUGGAGGAUUCGUGGUUGGCGACAGCGAGCGAACUGCUACCUUGUUUGGCAAAUCAAGAGGAAUUCUGGCCGGUGUGCCAUUCUUUGACGAGGUCUUCGCCCAAGCUGGCUGCACGGUCAAGUGGCAUCUCAAGGAGGGGUCAGAGGUAGAUCCAGGCAGAGAGGGCAAGAUUGCAGUCGCCACAGUUACAGGACCCGUACGAAAGCUGCUACUAGGUGAACGAGUUGCAUUAAACACACUGAGCAGAUGCUCUGGCGUUGCCACCAAAUCAAGGACAAUGGAGGAACUUGUGAGGAAGGCGGGGUACAAGGGCAUACUGGCUGGCACAAGAAAGACGACACCCGGAUUUAGAUUGGUUGAAAAGUACGGUAUGAUUGUUGGAGGCGUCGAUGGGCACCGACACGACCUCUCAAGUAUGAUUAUGCUGAAGGACAAUCAUAUCUGGGCUAGAGGUAGUAUAACCGAAGCCGUCAAAGCUGCCAGGUCCGCCGGUGGGUUUGCAUUGAAAGUCGAAGUUGAGGUUGACAACGAGGAUGCGGCUGAUGAAGCCAUCGCUGCCGGUGCCGAUGUUGUCAUGCUUGACAAUUUUGAUGGCGAUGGGCUGAAAGUGGCGGCUCAAAGUAUCAAACAGAGAUGGGCGGGUAAGCGGGCUUUUCUCCUGGAGUGUAGUGGCGGAUUGACAUCUGAGAACGUGGAGACCUACAUCAAUAAUGGUAAGUAGUCCUGAGUUUUUUCCAGGCGAAAGCUUGUUCGUUGUAUUGACGCCACAUGAUUACAGAUAUCGACAUUAUCUCAACAAGCUCUAUACACCAAGGAGUACCGCAUGUAGAUUUUUCACUCAAGAUUGACCACUAGCUUACUUACUCGAGGCUACCCUGCAUUUCAUCCUGACUAGCCCACAGAUGCUGUGCCCGUGUCUCUCUGUGUGCACUGGAUUUACCGAUAAUAAACUUUCCAAUCUUAGAGAUAGUGAUCAAAUCACGGCCAUGGGAGAAGUCUUCCUUCAUUGUCUCGGAGUUCUGGAACCUUCACUCUGGCUCUGUCUCGAUAUAAUCCUCAGUAUAUCAAAUCAUCCUACCCUGUCUGCAUGCUGAGCUCCAAAGGGCGGCUGCUUUAUGAGAAAUUGAUGAUGUGAGAUCAACAGCCGCGCGUUGUUCCUGCAUAUCUAUAUUCCAAUGAAUUGCUGGAUCUCAUGCUCAUUCCCGGAAUCAUUCAAGCGAACCUACAGAAAGGGGUCCAUAUGUUAAUUAA